CGCCUGGUGCAGUCAGUGCUGCCGUGCAGGAGGGAGGAGGCCGCUCAGGCAGCCGGGGGGACUCACAGCCACAGCGGAGCGAGCAGCGGGACCCCCGGGACGCAGGAAGUUGAAAGGAAGAUCCGGAGAGAAGAAAGUCAACUGUUCCCUUUGGUGCUUUUUUCUAACAAUAUUUUUUUCCACUUUUUUUGUAAUAUUUGGGAUUUAUAACAAGUGCUACUAUACAUUCUUUGGAUCCCCUUGUUUCUUAACCAACAAAGCCAGGACUUCGGUUAUAAAGUCAUCUAUUUUUAAUGAUGCCGUCCAAUGGGACUAUCCUCAACACCAGCAACCCACCUCCAGAGGCAGACGUUGCCCAGACGCACCAGGGAGAUGAGAUCCCGGAGGACCGAAGCAAGGAUGGAAAGCAAGAUGUUGGGGGGCCCAUAAAGAAAAUGGGGCGUCCAGGGAGGAAACGCAAAAACGAUAUGUUGCAAAGCUUCAAUGCAUCCAAAGAAAUUGCCUCAGUCCCUAAGUGCCACACGUCCCCUAACACCAGCCUCCUGGACCCUGUGCACAAUGGAGAGUUGGAGAUGGCGAGAACCCAACAUAAGCCAGAGAGACAUGUCCAGGACAAAGAUGGGCAGAGUCUUAUUCCAAGAGAAAAAAAGACUUGUGAGUAUUCACCGGAUGGGAUUAGAGACGGGGCACCGCCAAUAGAGAAUGGAUGUUGCACACCAAGUGACGGACCAGAAUCUCAGGAUAUGGAGGAAAAUGACAUUCUGACAAUCUCAACACCCAAGAAGAGAGGGAGAAGGAGCUUGUCCAGCAGCUCAGAAAAAAGCAAAGAUGAAAAGGACGAUUCCAGUUCCGAUUCUCCCAAAUCAGAGGGAUACAGAGGCCGGCUGCGCGGAGGGUUGGGCUUGCAAUCCAGUCUGCGUCAGAGGCCCAUGCAAAGACUUCCCUUCCAGGCUGGAGACCCAUAUUACAUCCCCAAGCGGAAACGAGAUGAGUGGCUGGCCAAGUGGAAGAGGGAGGCUGAGAAGAAGCAGCAGUUGGUCGCGGUCAUAAACGCCAUGGAAGAAUCGCUUUCCAGGGACCAUCAAAAAGAAGAGGAGACCAGCCCCCCGGCUUCACAGCAGCCAACAGACCCUGCUUCCCCUACAGUGGCCACCACACCUGAGCCUGCGGUGGCCGAUGCCGUAGACAAGAAUGCCUCCAAACCAGCAGACGAUGAAGCAGAGUAUGAGGAUGGCCGGGGCUUUGGCAUUGGGGAGCUGGUCUGGGGGAAGUUGCGUGGGUUCUCCUGGUGGCCUGGUCGGAUUGUGUCCUGGUGGAUGACUGGCAGGAGCCGUGCAGCGGAGGGUACGCGCUGGGUCAUGUGGUUUGGUGAUGGAAAGUUCUCUGUGGUUUGUGUGGAGAAGCUAAUGCCUCUCAGCUCCUUCGCUAACGCAUUUCACCAGGCCACCUACAGCAAGCAGCCCAUGUAUAGGAAGGCCAUCUAUGAAGUCCUGCAGGUGGCAAGCACUCGAGCCAGAAAAGUGUUCCCAUCAUGCCCUGACAAUGAUGAGUCAGACACGUCCAAAGCAGUGGAGAUACAAAAUAAGCAGAUGAUUGAGUGGGCGCUGGGAGGUUUCCAACCUUCUGGACCCAAGGGCCUGGAACCUCCAGAAGAGGAACGUAAUCCGUACAAAGAAGUUUACACAGAGAUGUGGGUGGAGCCGGAAGCUGCAGCCUACGCCCCACCACCUCCUGCCAAGAAACCUCGUAAAAGCACAGAGAAACCCAAGGUCAAAGAGAUCAUUGAUGAGCGCACAAGAGAGAGACUGGUUUAUGAAGUGCGACAAAAGUGCAGAAACAUUGAAGAUAUUUGCAUUUCCUGUGGGAGCUUGAAUGUCACUCUGGAGCACCCCCUGUUUAACGGGGGGAUGUGCCAAAACUGUAAGAACUGCUUCCUGGAGUGUGCAUAUCAGUACGAUGAUGACGGUUACCAGUCCUACUGUACCAUAUGCUGCGGAGGACGGGAGGUGCUAAUGUGCGGAAAUAACAACUGCUGCAGGUGCUUCUGUGUGGAAUGUGUUGACCUGCUGGUGGGACCAGGCGCAGCUCAGUCAGCUAUAAAAGAGGACCCCUGGAACUGCUACAUGUGUGGCCACAAGGGCAUUUAUGGCCUACUAAGGAGACGGGAUGACUGGCCUUCCCGGCUGCAACUCUUCUUCGCCAAUAAUCAUGACCAAGAAUUUGACCCACCAAAGCUUUAUCCGCCUAUAUCAGCCGACAAACGGAAGCCUAUCCGAGUACUGUCUUUAUUUGAUGGCAUUGCAACCGGUCUAUUGGUGCUAAAGGAUCUUGGGAUCCAAGUAGACCGUUACAUUGCCUCUGAGGUUUGUGAGGACUCCAUCACUGUGGGAAUGGUGCGACACCAGGGCAGGAUCAUGUACGUGGGCGAUGUUCGCAAUGUCACCCACAAACACAUUCAUGAAUGGGGCCCUUUUGACCUGGUGAUUGGGGGAAGCCCGUGUAACGACCUUUCCAUCGUGAAUCCAGCUAGGAAAGGUCUGUUCGAGGGCACCGGGCGUCUUUUUUUCGAGUUUUACCGUCUGCUUCAUGAAGCACGACCUAAGGAAGGAGAGGACCGGCCGUUCUUCUGGCUGUUUGAGAAUGUGGUGGCUAUGGGAGUUAGUGACAAGAGGGAUAUCUCACGUUUUCUUGAGUCAAACCCUGUGAUGAUCGAUGCUAGAGAGGUGUCAGCCGCACACAGAGCACGUUAUUUCUGGGGUAACCUUCCCGGUAUGAACAGGCCAUUGGCAUCUACAGUAAAUGAUAGGCUGGAAUUACAAGACUGUCUGGAACACGGCAGGUUAGCUAAGUUUAGCAAAGUCCGCACCAUCACGACUAGAUCCAACUCCAUCAAACAGGGAAAAGACCAGCACUUCCCAGUCUACAUGAAUGACAAGGAGGAUAUCUUAUGGUGCACAGAGAUGGAAAGGGUCUUUGGAUUCCCAGUUCACUAUACAGAUGUCUCCAACAUGAGCCGCUUGGCCAGGCAAAGGCUUUUGGGAAGGUCAUGGAGCGUCCCAGUCAUUCGUCACCUCUUUGCCCCCCUGAAGGAUUAUUUUGCCUGUGUUUAACCCACAAGGCAUAGGGACCUGAGGCUAAUCCCCCAACCUUCCAACUCCUUACAAACCUGCAAGAGCCUCACAACUCCAUGCACCUCCACUGGGGGAAGAAGGAACCUAGAAAAAGUACAGUAGAUUUUCUUUUGUUUUUAAAGAGCAAAACCACAGUGGAAACAAGACAGACGUUACCGGAAGCAAUUGGGGAAUUUUAAACCUGAGCAGACACUUUUACGUCUUUAUUCUACACAAAUGUCUACAGUUCUGUUUGUAUCUGUGUUAUCUGCUACUUUACAGGGAGAAGGGAGCAUUUAGUUUCCCUUCAGUCCUAGAUUUUAGUAUUGUAAGACCAAGUCUUGCAAAAAUAGCAAAUAGGUGCUUCAGUUUUAAGCAUUUUUUUUUACUUUUUCUUUUUGUGUGUGUAGAUUUCCCCUCCUGCUCAAGCAGUAAAUCAUCACAUUUGGCUUUUUCUUUGCUGUGCCGCGGCUCCUGUACCAGAAAUAUCCGCCAUGUAUGGAGCCUGCGUUUGGUACAUCCAAACUGUUUUAUCUAAGGCACAGACUGCAGUUAAAGGGCGAAAACACAAAUGUAAAACUCACAUCAUUUUUGUCUUCGAUGCUGUAUUUUUGUCUCUGUAACACUUUAAUGUAUCUACUAACUAGUGCGGCUCCACUUUACGAGUAGCGCUACUUAGUAGCCAAGGCCCUGUAUAUCGAUAACGGUUCCCCCCCCUUUCACUUUCCUUUUUAUUCAAGUCAAUACAUUCUAUGGGAUUAAGUGAUAGGGGUGGAAACGUAUACAGACAACAAGCAUUACAGCAUUGAAACUGUUAUUAGACAAAAAUCAUAACAGCAAAUGACGACAAGUUUAUUUUUUUACAGUAUAUUUGUGUGCCUCGUCAAGAACAGGCUUAAACCAUGCAGCUCCUACAUACAGCUCUGACCUCAAAUACUGUUUACAUAUAUACUGUAUGCGUAAUAACAGAUCUGCAUUAGAA